AGAGGGCGGGCUCAUCAAUGUGGGCUUUUUUUUUUUUCCUCGGAUUUAUGUGUGUUGUAGACCAGCUGAAAAUGGCGGCUCGGAGCGACGAAUCCUUCUAACUUUAUCGCGUAAUAAUAAACCGAAACAUACAUCACACCUGCGGCCAAGUAACACGAGGAUGAACUUGUUUUAGGAGCUGCAUACACUGAACUUGUGAAACGUCACUCGGGCUGCUGCGACCAAACGGCGUCCCAACGUCGAGGUAAACCCCUAAACUGCCGCUGCUAACAUCGGCUAGGUAGCUUGCUACGACAUCAAAGAAAUCGGAACAGGGCGAGCCCAUUGCGCAGUGUGGUUUCCACCACGUAAAUACCAACGCUGUUUCGGAAUACAACUCUUUAAAUCACUCCCCGUCGAUACUACCUGACGUGACUUCUGUGUUAUUAAAACAGUAUUUGAACAGGAUGCUAGCAUUAGCUUAGCUGUGUGUACCUAGCUUUGCCACUGAGAAGAACCCAAGUGUCAAAACGGGACCAAAACAUUGGAUUAUAUCGGACUUUUUUAUCUUCCAUUUUUGACGCCUUCUCAUGAGCCUUUGCCUGUCGUUUAGAGACUAUGGAGGAUCCUCAUACGCGGUACAGCAAACGCCUGCGUACCGGUACGCGUCGGCGGUACCAGGAUGACGGAAUCUCGGAUGACGAAAUCGAAGGGAGACGAAUGUUUGACCUGGAUGAAAAGUUGCAGUGUAGCAGGUUUGGCUCUGAAUUGGUCAAACACAUGGAGGGAAAAGACUUCACAUUUGAAUAUAUCCAGCGCGAAGGGCUUCGGGAUCCCAUCAUCUUUGAAAAAGAUGAAGGCCUUGGAAUACAAAUGCCAGACUCUGAUUUUAGCGUGAGUGAUGUAAAGGUCUUUGUUGGCAGUCGGCGCAUCGUUGAUGUGAUGGAUGUCAACACCCAGAAGGGCAUCGAGAUGUCAAUGGCGCAGUGGCGGCGCUACUACGAGACGCCGCCAUCUGAAAGAGAAAAACUUUACAAUGUUAUCAGCUUGGAGUUCAGCCACACCAGACUGGAGAAUCUAGUUCAGCGACCGGCUUCAGUGGACCUGAUUGACUGGGUAGACAAUAUGUGGCCCCGGCACCUUAAGGAGCGACAAAGAGACUCAACUAACGCCAUCAUUGACAUGCACUAUCCCAAAGUACAGAAAUACUGUCUAAUGAGUGUUCAGGGCUGCUUCACAGAUUUCCAUAUCGACUUUGGAGGCACUUCAGUGUGGUACCACAUCCUCCGAGGUGGAAAGGUGUUUUGGUUAAUUCCACCUAGUCCUCAGAACCUGGAGAUGUAUGAGAACUGGGUUCUAUCAGGAAAACAGGGAGACAUAUUCUUGGGUGACAAGUGUCAUGACUGCCAGAGAAUUGAGCUCAAGCAGGGCAACACCUUCAUGAUUCCUUCAGGGUGGAUCCAUGCUGUGUACACACCCGAGGACACCCUAGUGUUUGGAGGCAAUUUUCUUCACAGCUUUAAUAUUCCCAUGCAGCUCAACAUCUACAGUAUUGAAGAUCGCACUCGGGUCCCAGCGAAGUUUCGCUACCCAUUUUACUAUGAGAUGUGCUGGUAUGUCCUGGAGCGAUACCUCUACUGCCUGACAAACAUCUCACACCUCACCCCUGAGUUCCAAAAGUACUCCCUUGGCAUAGGGCUGACACAAGCAGAUCUCAGGAUAAAUAACAAUACAGGCAAUGGUACCACUAAUGGUGUUGACUGUGAUGUUGAAAUAAAAUCAAAGGAAUCUGAAGAUGAAGAAAUCCAAAUGGACGGAAACGAUCACAUAAUCAAACCACAGCAUAUAUUGACCCCUUUUGAACUUGAGGGGCUGUGGAACCUUGUAGGGAAGCUGGAGGAAUUGCCUGCAAACAAGAAGUGCAUUCCUUCUGGGAUCGAGAAUGCUGAAGCCUUACUCGAAGAUAUGAGAGCUGUACUUAAAGAGCACGUAACUGAUAGCCCCAAGCUGUCCUACACUGGGGAACCCAUUGUCAAGUGGCCCAAAAGACCAUCAUGGUACCGACCCCCGUCACCUCCACCAGCGCCACCUUGCCGGCCCCGAUUGGCUAAUCCCUUACACAAGCAUUCCAGCCAGAGAUCCAACAAAUGCUCGCGCAUCUCUGCUUUGAGGCGGCGGCGUGUGCGGUGCAAGACUUGUGCCGGGUGCCGCAGGAAAGAAUGUGGCGACUGCCAAUUCUGUCUUGACAUGAGGAAGUUUGGUGGGCCUGGAAGAAUGAAAAAGGGCUGCGUCUUGAGACAGUGUCUCAUGCCUGCUUUGCCAAAUACAGCCCGGUGUGCCAUCUGUGAAGAAGGGGAACCAGAAGACUCACAUCCAAGCACUCACACACUAAUGGAGUGCUCUGUUUGCUCACGGAUAACACAUCGGCGAUGCAUGAAGGAUCCUGGCGAGGGGAAAAUGAAUACCGAUUUACCGAGCUGCUGGGAAUGUCCUAGGUGUUACAACAGCAAAGGAUCAGCAUCAGAACAGUCUUCUAGUGAGGAGGAAAGUGAAGCAUCAGAGAGCUCAACAUCAUUGCCCCCGACCAAACCUGCAUAUCGAGAAGGUAUCGGCGUAGGACAAAAGCUGUUGCGGGGCCGACGUGGCAGACCAUCAGGACCCACGUCCCGACCCACAGCCCCGCCACCCUCUCAGAAACUGCUACUACAGCAUCGACAAAACCGCAAAAGAGCUAGUCUACUAGAGAUUCGACUCAAGAAAAGGAUAAAACUAGAGCGCAGCAAAAUUCUUGCACAAAAACAAGCAAUGGAGCGUGCCAAGUUGCAGUCUCGCCUGCGCUCUCCAGUGAGCACACUAUCUCAGGGCAGAGGUCGGGGCACCUCGUGGCCAAGUGGCUCCUCUCUCGGAAUCUCUUCCAGACUGACUGGACCCCCUCAGCAACAGUCUUCUACCAGGCUGACCUUUGAACCCAAGGGAGAGGCCCACAGAGGGCGGGGCAGAGGGGUGAGGCUUCGUGGAGGAGGAGCUGGUAGAGGAACGACAGGUGGUAGGUAUCAUCAGGGGUUAGAAGAAGAGAGCGAGGACAGUAGCAGCAGCAGCACCAACAGUAGCUCCUCUGAUGAAGAGGAAGAGGAGAGGGUGCAAAAUGGUGGGCGAGCGGGCGAUAAAGAGAACCUGCCACAGUGUAGGCAAGGAGGUCGAGCAGCCAAAGACAGAGAAGAGGAAGAGCAGCGAGACACCAAACAAAAUGGUGCAGAGUGUGAUGGCAAUGAGAUGGAGCAGGACACUGAUGGAUCAUUGGUUAAAGUGACACUCCAAAGACCAACCAAGGACAAACAGGCGCCUACAGCCAUUGUCCCUAAACUUGAGGCAAUCACUCCUCAAUCAGCCGCCUCGUCAACACACAACCCUAACAAAACCCUCAUAAGGCCGCCUAUCAGAAACACCAACAAACAUUCCAGCAGGCACGUGCCAGCAAUCACUCGCAGUGGACACACUCGCACCUCCCACCACUCAGAGGGGCACGGUGUCACCAAAAGAAAAAAGUCAAGCAGCACAGCCAAGCUGAGCAAUGGUGCUUCCUCGUCUUCAUCCUCUGAGCGUCCACACCAUCGCAUCCCUUUGUCAGCCUUACAGAAAGGAGGGGGCAAAGUUGACAGGGAGGGCAUUGGGAGUGGGCCGGACUGUGAGAGGGAAGUGUGGGUGUCUGUCUUCCGCUACUUGAGUCGAGCAGAUCUCUGUGUGUGUAUGGCAGUCUGCAAAAACUGGUACAAAUGGUGUCUUGAUAAGCGGCUUUGGACGCAAAUUGACCUGAGUAUCAAACGCACUGUUACGCCCCAAGCACUAACAGGAAUUAUAAAGAGGCAACCAUCUUCACUCAAUCUUUCCUGGACCAACAUCUCCAAAAAACAGCUAAGCUGGCUUGUUGGCCGCCUUCCGGGUCUGAAAGAUCUGAUGCUGGCAGGUUGUUCCUGGACGUCGAUUUCUGCGCUCUGUUCCUCUGCUAGUCCUCUCCUCCGCUCUUUGGAUGUGCGGUAUGCAGAUGGGGUCAAAGAUGCACAGAUCAGGGAUUUGGUCACUCCUCCAGGUUGCGACAACCGCAGUCAUUUGAGGGCUAUGCAGUGUUUGCGACUUGCUGGUUUGGACAUCAGCGACUCCACCCUACGUCUGGUGAUCCGCCACAUGCCCCACUUGACGAAACUGGACCUUUCUCACUGCAACAGCCUCACAGACCACUCCAUCAACCUGCUGACCGCGGUGGGUUCGUCCACCCGGAAUACGCUAACAGAACUCAACUUGUGUGGGAGCAGUAAGCUGACAGACACAUGUCUGAAGUAUCUCCGCCGCCUGUCUUGUAUAUCGCUACUCGACCUGCGAGGCUGUAAAGGAGUUUCCCGCAAAGCAUGCGAAUCCUUUAUCUCAGAGUUAUCCGUCAACACGCUUUACUGCCUGUCGGAUGAAAAACUGAUCCAGAGGAUAUCCUAAAGUUGGAUUUAAAGUGACAUGACAAUGUGAGGACGUUCACGUACACAUGGAACGCUGUUAUGCAGGGGUGAGGUUUUGACAGAGAGCGCUUACUCACUUAUCUGCUGUUGGUAAAAGCUAAAAAGAGACUCAGGAUUCCUUUUUUGUCUGACCUUUUGAAGGGGGGGAUUAUAGGUAAUUAAUUAGACGUUAUCAACAACACAUCCAUUGAAUUGCACCUUCAGUUUAAUCUGAACAUGUCACUUUUUGCCUCAUGCACAGCAGUUUCGAGUUGAUAUUCUUUAAAGUCAAAUUUUGAAAUGGAGUCCCUAAGUUGUAAAAGGUGUUUACUUGGUAGACAUGCAUGAACAUAAAAGUGAGUCUCAUCAAUCAGGCAACUGGAUCCUACCCUAUUGUUGUUGAGGGAGGCAAUGUUGUAUAAGUGUUCAAUGACAAGCCAAGGAGCAGGUGUCACUUCAGUGGUGCAUUUCAGACCACCAUUAGACAUCAGGUGCUAUUAUUUCCAAAUUCUUGUUUUUGUACAGAGACUGUUUAGAGAAAUCUAGUUAUAUCACACAUGUUUUGAUAUAUUUUUCUGGGAUGGAAUUUUUUUCCCCACAGAAUUUCAUGAGUCCAAUUUAGAGGUGUAUGGUUUGUUCUGUUUGGUCGGGGAAUAGAAUUUUCUGUUUGCAUCCAUUGAGUACAUUGAGCCCUGAACCAUUGAGCCCUGCUACAAGCUCAUGGCAGAUACAGCUCCUGUGGCCUCAUUUCUGCUAAUGGGAAAAAAUAUAUAUAAUUUUGUGUAAAAACAUUUCCCUCUUUCGGUGUUCAAAAACGGGGAUUCUUGUAGCAUUAUAAUUAUUUUUCGGAUUGUUUUUAAACUUCAUGUUAUAUGUAUUAUUUUUCAAGAAAAAUAAAAACCAAUGAAUUUCAA